GUUUAUUAAUAAUGGAAGAACAAAAAAUUAUAGAACAAUCCACAACAGACAUGACGAAGAGUGGUAGACAAGAAGAGGCUAUUUCCUUCUGGGAUAAGAUCUCUUUAGACAAAACCUUUUGUAGAAGACUUAACGCAUUUGCUCCUUUCCAUGACUCUAAAGAAGAGUUCAUCAACAAGAAAACUAAUCAAAUCAAGGUAAAAACAAGGAUCGGAUGAACAAAGUUUGAUUGAGAUUCAGACACUUGACAUGAGACAGAUUGAACAUUCCUUGCCAUAGCCUCAAUGAGUGCUCAACAACGGACUCCCUUCCUGAUGAAGUACAACCUUGCCUAUUUCCCUAUUGAGAAGGCAUGCUACGUUGAAGCAGUCGCUUUUAUUCGCCCUAUGAUACAAGAAAAAGAAUUGGAGAAGAAGUUUUCCAAUCUAAGGAGAAUUGUCAAAAAGUCUAUUGAAAAUAUUAAAAACAAACUCAACAAAAGUAUUGAACACAUCAAAAAUCCCUUCGAGUACGAAAGCUAUCAAGAAUCUCGAAGAAUUAAGAAUGAAUUUGACAAUAAGCAUAAGAAAUUCAAAUAAACCAGAGCAAAGACCUAUAAUCUCUUCAUAUCCUCAUAGAAGAUAUGUGCAUGAUGAGUUCAGGCAAGGAGAGAAUUUCGUCUUCCGUGGGGCAAUGAGUGAGUCAACUAAGCCAGACACACAAUAUACCUUUAAUAAAUAGCAGCGAAGGAACGACGACAUUUAUUCCAAGCUCAGUCACAUCAGCACCAAGAAUAAAAAAGAAAAUCCCGGAUCCUCUAAUAAAAUUAUUCGAUUUGUGGAUCUACAAUAAGAAACUCAAAUGCCAAAGCAGCGAUACCAUGAACCAGAACCAGAAGAACUGGACAAUGAGUAUUUCCUAUGAGAAUCAUGAAACCGUCCUCUAUGAGAUAAAAUGGGAGAUGACUCCUGGAAGAAUGAAGUGUUCCUCUCUCUUUUACAACAAGAUCCAGAAACCAUGGGAGCUAGAUUGGAGCCAAGAAAAUAUUGAGAAGUUACUAAUGACUUUAAAUAAGAAGGUAACUUAUGGAAAAGUGUGUUUAGACAGAAGAAAGAAAAGGAUCUCCUUCUGUGCUACAAUCGAUAUUCCUCCUUAUCUACUAAACAAAGAUAAAAUCUCUAAGUUUAGCAGUGCCCUAUAUGCUAUUGCAAGUAGAUCAGUGAUGGAGCUUUCCAAUGCAAUUGCUUUAUACCACUCAAAUCCUUCUUUGAAGCCAAGCGAUAUUGGAAUAUUGGCAAAAGAUUACGGAAAGGUUGAAGUUGUGUCAACUGAUAAUAACAAAGCAUACAUAGACGUUUUUGAUCUACUUGGUCAGAAGCCUCAUUAUAAUAUUCAGUGGAAAAAGAUCACAAUAUCCAAGAAAAUUGAAAUAAAAGGAUACUCUCAUGUAUAUGAAGGGAAAUAUUUAAACCUUGACUGUUUGUGAAUAGAAAUUGAUGAAAGAAAAGAAUUCUCAGAAGAUAAUCAUUUACAGUUUCGUUCUCUCUUGACAAUUUAUGGAAUCUCUGAGUUUAAAAUAAAGGAAAAAGGUGGAAUUCUUGAAAUGGCCUCAGACUCUAAAACUAAUAGAUCUUAUCUCAUUGUGCAAAAGUUUCCAGGCAAACUCAUCCAGCUCGAUGAGAUUCCUAGUUUUAUUAUGGAAAAGCAUCCAGAAUAUGUGGUUGAAAUUAUAUUUGAGUAUUUUACAACUCUUUGCUACCUAAAUUCCAAAGGAUCAGCCAUUCAGUCUGACAUUGCCCUAUUCUAUGAUGAAGAACUUGAAAAGAAAUAUUUAAAAUCAGGAUUCUUGGAGGAAGACCCUGAAGAUGCCCAGCAAGGAAAAUCCAAGAUAAAUAAAUGCCCUUGGCUAUCAUUCUGUUUCUUCCCUCAAAUAUAUCAAGAAAAUGAAAGUUGGCUUGAGAGUUUUGCCAACACUUUCGCUAGUAAUCAUUUUUGAGAUAAGCAGGAUAACCUUGAAGAAGAAAAAGAAGAGAAAGCUAUUGAUACCGAUAUUUCCUAUUACCUCGAUAACUAUAUUAAUAGGUUUAACUCUCUAAAAGAAAACCUUCCAGAGUAUUUAAAAUUCAAGAACAUCAAUAUUUUCAAAAACUAUGUAGCUUUUGUUGACUUCCUGGUCAGAACAUUUCUUAAUGUGAGUCUCCAAGAGUUUUCUGACAAAUACGGAAUAGUAAACCUCCUUGAGAACGAGGAAAGCAGGAGUAUAUUUUGUGGGCUAGAGUAUAUCAGCCACAUCAUCAAAAAGUGACUCGAAUUCCUAAUAGUAGGAGUUAAAAUAACUCAGGAUGUGAAUGAUAAAAACGCAAAGGAAUUAAACGACCAGGUCAUUAAUUCUGUCAAAAAUCUUGACUCUAUUUAUGACAAAGAAAUUGGGCUUGACUGCUUGAUCGAAGAAUCUCCUACCAAGAUGAUCUUCAAUUAUGAUAGCGAACAAGAUUUAUUCUAA